AUGGCUCCAGGGCGUAAGCGUGGAGCGAAAGGCUUGAAAACGAAGACGGAGUUGAGUUUGGGUGAUCUCGUUCUCGCCAAGGUCAAGGGUUUUCCCGCUUGGCCUGCCAAGAUUAGCAGGCCUGAAGACUGGAAGCAUGCACCUGACCCUAAGAAGUUUUUCGUCCAUUUUUUUGGUACAAAUGAAAUAGCUUUUGUCGCUCCUGCCGAUAUCCAGGCAUUCACUAGUGAAAUAAAAAAUAAGUUGUCUGCUCGAUGUCAGGGUAAGACAGCCGGUAACUUUGUCCAAGCAGUGAAGGAAAUUUCUGAAGAAUUUGAUGUGUUGCAGCGAAAUAAGUUAAGCGGUAGAAGAGAAGAUAACAAUGCAGAAAAUAUAGCCUCUGAGGCACAUUCUGCUGAUCCAGUAGAAGAUGAUGCUUUAGAAGUUAGCGCAGACGAUGAAAUCGAUAGGGAAGAACCAAAAUGCAAAUUGGAGAUCAAUGGGUUAAGUGAUCAGGGCUCUGGAAUUGGGCGUGCGCAAAGAAAAGGUGAAAUGGAUUUUCAAGAUGUAAAACCUUGCUCGUCACAUGACAUUGAUCGUAGUCCACCUCCAUAUAUAUCUCCCGGAAAGAAGAGCAAGCUUUCUGCAAACCCUUCUAAUCUUCUGAAGAACUCUGUUUUAGGAUCUACCCCAUCUCGUCAUGCCUCUUUGAAGGAGGAAGCUUCUCAUAAAGUCAAAGCUGAGGGUGGAUGCUCUGAUGGUGGCCGGAGUGAAUUUGCUGAUAGUCGGAAGUCCAAGCUGUCAAAGGGGCCAAAGAGGAAGCAGGAAGAACUGCUAAGAAAUAGUGGUUCGAUUAAAUCUCCAGAAAAUACUGGAGAUGGGAUGCAAAUAAAAUAUGCUUCGGGCGGUAACAUGAAGGUGUCAUCUGCUGAUAAUUCAAGGUUAGGUUCAGAUCUUGGCGGCAGUACGAAGGUGAAAAAGUUGAAAGAGAAGAAGCAUCCUAUGGCAGUAGAUGGUCGAUUGGAUAGUUCGGAGGAGCAUUACGAAGUUAACCCCAGUAAAAAGAUGAAGCUCCAACGCGACCAUGGUAAACUAACUUCUCGGACAGUUGAAGCCCCAUCUCCUGCCCAAAUAUCAAAAUCUGCCGAUACAGUGGACGGUGCUCAGAUGUUAAGAGCUAAAACAAGCAGGAAGGCUGAUCUUAUCAGUCCUGUUGAUCAGUACACCAAACUGGAUAAACCAAAGUAUAAACAGUUGGCAUCAGGUGGGAAGGUAGAGAAUCAUCAGCCCCCUAGAGUGGAUACAAUUAAUAACCUACCUAACCAAUCUGCUGCCGAAGAUGAUCCCUGUUUGGCAAAGCGUGAUUCUGUGGCAGAAGGAAUGAUGUCCACUUCUGCUUUGGUUUCUGAAAAUUUAAAUGGAGAUUCUGCAUCUAAUAAAAAUGGCUCGGGGAAUCCUAACAAAGUUCGAUCUUCAGGCAUGCAGCUGCCAAAAAAGCGGAGAGCUGUCCGCAUAUGUGACGACGAUGAUGAUGAAUUGCCUAAAACACCAGUUCAUGGAGGAGUUCCCCAGGGGCAAAAGAUUUCUGCUAAUCCUCUCAUAUCAGAGUCGAAAAACAAAACUGUCAAGCGUGAUGAGGGUUAUGCAAAAGAUCGACCGGUCUUGAGAAAUUCAGGAAUAAUUGAUGAUGCCUUAAAAAAAAGAGCUCUAUCUUCUAGGUUGCCCAACAAAACUUCAUCACCAGUUGCUGAGAAAGGAAUCGAGAAUAGAACUAGAGAAGCAUCAGCUGAAUAUUUGUCUCCUAAUCAACGUAAGGUGGAAACCGGAAAGAUGUCCUCCGUAGAGGCUAAAUCAGCCCUUGAUUCCUCUCAAUCUGUUAGUGUUGUCAAGCCAUUAGUAGAACCACACAAGAAGCACUUGAGCAAGACACCUGUUGUUAAUUCCCAGAAGAAAGUUCCAUCGGGAGCUAGUAGGGGUAUUGCUACAGCUGCUGAUGGAUCAUCAAUCAAGCAACCGACUAUUGAAAGAAAUAAUCCAACUUCACCUGGAGAGAAAAAAAGUACUCCUCCACUGUCGGGUUCCCAGAUCAACGAUUCCCUUUUUUCGGUUGGCGAUCUGGAUGGUAAUGUUUCUGCACUUAGUGAAAGGCUGAAUGUUGGUAGCGACUCCAAAACUAGUUUCUCGGUUAAUUCAAAAAUUUCAGACUCUGUUACAUCCAUGAAACAUCUCAUUGCUGCUGCCCAGGCGAGAAAGAAGCAAGCAAACUCUCAGAGCUCUUACUUAAAUCAUCAUCAACUAGUGUUUCCUGAUUCUGACAUGAGUCCAAGCCCUAAUCCUGGUACACUGCUGGUUGAAUCAAACAAAGCACUCCAUUUGGAUGUGGAAAGGUUACAGCCCAAUCCUCCCUCUGAUGUUCGUCAAUUUUCAUCAGUCAAUGAAAAUGAGAAGGACGAACUUCAGGAGAGGAGGGUUAGUUCAGGUCGUCAAGCCACUGGAAGUUCUUUGAGUGGGGAUACUGAGGCAGCUGUUGCACGUGAUGCUUUUGAAGGAAUGAUAGAGACACUUUCAAGGACCAAAGAAAGUAUUGGUCGUGCGACUCGUCUUGCGAUUGAUUGUGCAAAAUAUGGGAUCGCCAAUGAGGUUGUUGAACUUCUUAUCCAUAAGUUGGAAUCCGAGUCAAGCUUUCAUCGCAGAGUGGAUCUGUUUUUCCUUGUUGACUCUAUAACCCAGUGCUCUCAUAGUCAGAAAGGAAUUGCAGGGGCGUCUUACCUUCCUAUCAUCCAAGCAGCUUUGCCCCGUCUCAUUCGAGCUGCUGCUCCGUCCGGGACUGGUGCUCAUGAAAAUCGCCGUCAGUGCCAUAAGGUGUUGCGAUUGUGGUUUGAGAGAAAAAUAUUUCCGGAAUCUGCUCUCCGCCGUCAUAUGGAUGAUAUUGGAGCAAUGAAUGGUGAAACGUCAACUGGUAUAUCCCAAAGGCGUCCAUCCCGAGCUGAGAGAGCUUUUGAUGAUCCGAUCAGAGAUAUAGAGGGUAUGCUCGUGGAUGAGUAUGGAAGCAAUGCUACAUUUCAAUUAUCUGGAUUGCUACCGUCUCAUUUAUUCGACGAAGAGGAGGAAAACGAAGAAAAUAUCCAAACAGGGCACAAGGAAGUUCCAGACACAUCACCAUCCGAGCGUACCCUUGGUGAUCCCGAGAAUAGUAACGUUACUCCAAGUGACCGGCGCCACUGCAUACUCGAGGAUGUCGAUGGUGAGCUCGAGAUGGAAGAUGUUUCUGCACAACCAAAGGACGAAGUCCCGUUUUCUAGAAACAGCAAAAGUUCUGAUGGGCUCUUUCCAUCAGUUUCAAUUGCUUCUGAGUUUUUACCUUCUCCCGAGGGCUCUCCACCACUGCCACCUGGUUCUCCUCCCGCAACCCCACCUCUACCCACUUCACCACCACCGCCUCCACCGCCACCGCCUUCAUCCCCAUCCCCAUCGCCUCCGCCUCCACCACCAUCUCCUCCGUCACCGCCACCUCUGCCACCUUCGGACCAAUAUCAGUUCCCCCCUUUGCCACCCAUGGGUCCUCCACCGCCGCCUGUGGGCCCCCCACCAUUUAUUUCCAAUCAAUCAUUGCCACCUCCGCCUGCACUGAUGCCGCAACAUUUGCCAUCGACAAUAUCAUCUUCUCAGCCAUUGACGUAUCACCCACCUCCUCUGAUGCAUGAUAUUGGUGGAACACCAUCUGUAAAUCAGCAUGUCCAUGUGGUGUCAAAUACUCAUGGGUCUCGUAUUGAUGCCCCUGUCAGAGGUGAAGUAUUUUCCCAGCAUCCAUCAUUCUUUCCUCCAUCUGCUGUCAGUAAUGUGCGAGAACAUGUUGGGUAUAAUUCAUCACAACCUGUGGAAUAUGGAAAGAGUGAUGGUGGAUAUUUGAAUACCCAAGUUCCUCAACAGAGGCAACCUUUUCAACCUGGUGCUGUGCCUUUUGCUCAGAGACCUCAUCACGAACCAUUAAGUCAACAAGCGCCUAGUCAUUUUAUCUAUCCAAACACAGGCCCCCAGCAAAAUCUAUACCCCCUUUACCCGGCACCAAAUUUUUCAGACGGUGUAAGGAGAAAUGCUACUGAUGACCGUUGGCGGUUGCAAGUAAAUGAGUUCAAUCCUGAUGGUUCACGCAGGGGGUGGACAACUGGAGGAAGGCCAUGUUCUGAUCAACCCUAUUCACAUGAAGGUUAUUUUGGACCCCCUCUGGAAAGGCCUCCCACAAAUGUUGUUAAUUUGCAGUCCUCCGCAGCAAAUAGUCUAUCAGCUGCUCCAAGUGCAGUUCAUGGGGUCCAGAUAAUGCAUAGCAGACCAGACGUGUCAGCUGGAAAUUGGAGGCCAGCCUAA